UGGUUGAGCUAAUUUACAUCAUCUUUGAGCUGAGAUCUAGUUUAUCUUAUCACUCCUCUUGUGAAGAAGCUAAGAGAGUAAUUUGAGAUGGCCAUUUCAAACGAUUACCAUGUGGAGGUAGUCAAAACUGAAGUUGUAUUGCCUGCCAGUGUAAUCCAAGAGCGUAUUCUUCCAUUAAGCAAUUUAGAUCUCGCAGUUCCUCCUGUUUGCGUGCAUGUCUUUUUUUGUUAUGAGAAACCCCCUCAAACUAGUUUUGCCUCUGUUGUAUCGAAUCUCAAAAGUUCUCUGUCUAGAGCAUUUGUGUCUUGCUAUGCAUUUGCUGGAAGACUGGUCAGCCAUGGCGUUGGGGACUUACAAAUGGUUUGCAAUAACAAAGGGGCUGAAUUUUCAGAAGCUUAUGCUGACACUUGUCUUACUCAAGUGGAAUUUUGCAAUCCCAAUGGAGCUAUUGAGGGGAAGCUAGUUCCUCAACUUGUAAAUGACUCUGAAGGAAAUGGCACUCCAGUUUUUGCUGUUCAGGUAACACAAUUUAACUGUAGCAGGAUAGUUGUGAGCUGUACUUUCGAACACAAGAUUGCAGAUGCAUUCUCUGCCAACUUGUUUUUCUCAUGUUGGACCAAUCUUUCUAGAAAUGAACCAAUUGAGUCCAUUACUCCAAGCUUUACGCGCUCCAUUUUAGUCCCUAGAGAUCCCCCAGUUUAUUGUUCUCCAAUUGAGGAAAUGUACAUGAAGGUUGUACCUUCAGCAGAAUCCAACAUGCAAAUCGCUCAGCCUGCUCUAGCAAGUAGAAUCUAUUACCUCAGUGCAGAUGAUAUAAUAAAGCUCCAACUCAGUGCUAACCAGCAUGGCAAUAGUUAUACCAAAUUGGAGGCCUUUUCAGCUUACAUUUGGAAAUUGUUAAUCCAAAGCCAAAACAUGGAGGAUGCACAAAAUUGUAAUAUAAGCAUUGCUGUAGAUGGGCGUUCUCAUUUAAAAAACAUUGGAAUGCCUGCUAACUACUUUGGAAAUGCUGUAUUAGCCCCUUUUGCUAGCGCUAGAGCUGAGGACAUCAAGAAGGAGCCACUUUCUUGGAGUGCAAAGUUAAUUCAUGAUGCAAUAUAUAGUGUAGCAAAUGAGGAGUCUUUUCAAAGCGCAGUAGAUUUUAUCGAGAUAUCAAAACCGUCAUUAGUAUUUCCAAAGAUAUAUAGAAACAAAGAUGAACCUUACAUUAUUGUAUCUUCUGGGCUGCGUUUUCCCUUGUAUAAGUUUGAUCAUGGAUGGGGAAAACCCAGAUUAGCAAUCUACAAUUUACCUUAUACUUCAGGUUAUGUGAUGCCAACCCUUAGUCCUUAUGGAGAUGGUAGUUGGCUAAUAAACAUGAACCUCCUAAUUGAUCAAAUAAAUGCUAUUGAGUCCCAUCCCAAUUUCUUUUCACGUCUAAUUUCACCCAACAUUUUUUGUGAUCAAAAAAAUGUGUAAUCUCAACCAUCAAAAGAAAUUUAGUUGUUAUAUGAUCUCAAGUC